UCAUAUUUCAGCUAGUGCCCCCUCGUAUAUAUAUAAUGACCAUGCGAGCUUGUGAUUGAUCGAUCUAUAUAUGAUCGAGAUGCCCCUUACAAAGUAGCUAGCAGCUGGUCUCUCUCUUGAUUUGUGUUUCCGGAGAAAGAGAGAGAUCGGGGUCGAGAUCGAGGGAGAGAUGUCAGGGAAGGAUCAGAAGAAAGCAACAACAGCUUUAGAAGAGAAGCUCGAGCUCCUACGUGAUGUUACAAAGUCAAGUGCGGCAAACGAGACAUCAAUCCUUGUAGAUGCGUCCAAGUACAUCAAAGAGCUCAAGGACAAGGUAUCUCAGGAGCCUGAACAGCUGGGCAGCACUAGCAGUUCCAUGCCAAUGCCAAGAGUCAGUGUUUCAUCGGUAGAGCUAGAGAAGAAGAUAGGUUUUCGAAUCAAUGUGUCAAUGGAGAAGAGUCAGCCUGAGUUGCUGACGUCGGUGUUAGAAGCAUUCGAGGAGCUUGGCCUCGACGUCCUUGAUGCUGACGUGUCGUGCGCAGACGACACCGCUUUUCGUCUUGAAGCGCUUGGAUCCAGCCAAAGUGAAGCUGCAGAGACAAGCGUGGAUGAGCAAAUGGUUCGUCAUGCAGUGCUGCAAGCCAUCAAGAAAUGCAUUGACGGAUCAUCAAUUUGAUCCAGAAUGAAUUUUAUGUUUCGACUUAAAUUCUCAUCUGCCGUAGCGCAAACUUAUUGUGAUGAUACUAAAUAUAUCUAUAUUUUCAGUUAAUUUUGUUGUAAAAAUUAGCUAUCUUUUGGUGCUGAAUGAACAAGGGCGGCGUUUAAUUUGUCGUUUAAAUAUUCGUGCAAAGAAACUAA